AUGGCGGCGAAGGCACUGUUUAAAUGGUCGAACAAAAUCACCACAUCGCAAGUCGAGCAGCUGAUACGAGCAGAGAAGGACGUCCAGAAGGCACUGCGGGUGUUCGACUCCGCCACCGCCGAGUACAGCAAUGGGUACAAGCACGACCGCUCCACGUUUCACAUCAUGAUCUCCAAGUUACUCUCCGCGAACCAAUUCAAGCCAGCGGAGGAGAUGCUGAACAGAAUGAAGGUGGAGAAGUGUCGAAUCACGGAAGACAUUUUCCUGUCUAUUUGCAUGGCAUAUGGUCGGGUUCACAGGCCAGAGGAAGCCAUCAGGGUUUUCCGUGCGAUGGACGUAUUUGAUUGCAAGCCGACGGAGAGGUCCUUCGUCACUGUGCUCUCGGUCCUCGUCGACGAGGGCCGGGUGAAGCAGGCCAUUAGCUUUUAUCGGCAUAUGAGGGAAAUGGGCAUUCCACCUAGCUUAGUUACACUCAACAUUUUGAUUAAAGCUCUUUGCAAGAACAUUGAUACCGUCGACGCUGCUGUGAAGAUAUUCCGUGAGAUGCCGGGUCGUGGUUGUGUUCCUGAUUUGUAUACUUAUGGCACAAUGAUUAAUGGGUUAUGUAGGUUUGAUCGGAUACCUGAAGCAAAGGAAUUGUUCCAAGAGAUGGAGGAAAAAGGUUGCUCACCUUCUGUUGUCACCUAUACUUGUUUGAUAAGGGGUUUGUGUCAGUCUGAGAAGGUAGACGAGGCCAUGGGAUUGUUUGAGAAGAUGAAGACCAAUGGUGUUGAGCCAAAUGUGUUUACCUACAGUUCUCUAAUGGAUGGUCUUUGUAAGAAUGGCAGAUCAAUGCAAGCCUUGGAGUUACUGCACUUGAUGGUUAGGAAACGUGUUAAGCCUAAUACGAUAACUUAUACCACAUUGAUUACUGGGCUCUGCAAGGAAGGGAAGGUUUUAGAAGCUGUGGCGAUUCUUGACAGAAUGAAGCUUCAGGAGUUGAAACCAGAUGCAGGACUUUAUGGGAAGGUUAUUACUGAGUUAUGCGGUUUGAAAAGGUUUCAGGAGGCUGCAAACUUCCUUGAUGAGAUGGUCCUUGGACGAAUAACACCAAGCCGACUUACCUGGAGCCUUCACAUUAAGAUAAAUAAUAUGGUAGUGAAAGGCCUUUGUGCAGAUGGUGACCUAAAUCGAGCAUUUAGGUUGUACUUAAGUAUGAGAACCAGAGGGAUAUCGGUUGAAGUUGAAACUUCCCACGAGCUUGUCAAGUUUGGCUGUGAGAGAGGAGAUUUGCAAAAAGCCGAUCGCAUUGUAGAUGACAUGGCAACUGAUGGCUGUGCUCCUGAUGAAGGGUUGUGGAACACACUGGUGGGUGGAUUCUGGGAUCAGAGAAAAGCACGUGCAGCUUUUGAGUCGGUAUUGAAUGAUCAGAUGGUUUAUUGUUAUGAUUAG